CCGAGGCGAGGGGGAGGAGGAGGGAGAGGUUUGCGAGAGGGAGCGAGGCCGCACGAGCCGCCGGCGGUUCGUAUUACCGGGGUCGGGAGGAGGAGCCCAGCCGGGCCCGCGGAUCAGCGCCGGCCGGGCGGGAGGCGCGGAGGAGGCGGGCGGGAAGCCCGGGGCUGCGAAUUGGGGCGGGGGCGCCCUCCCACCUCCGCCGCCCUCCGUUCGGGCCUUGGCGGCCUGGCCUCACCUGCCCGGAGGCCUGGGAGCCACCAGUCGCCGCCGAGGGCCAGUCCCGGGGGCCGGCGGAGCGUGGAGGUGCGGACGCGAGGCGCGGGCCUCCGCGCGGAGGCCUGGACUGCGCGGCCAGGUGAUGGUGGGCCCCUGUGCUUCUCCAGAGGAAAGGGGACCCCCAGAGCAGCUGUGCCCCCAGGCUGCCCUAGCAAGGCGUUUGGACAUCAGCCCUUGGGAAGUCGGGCAGCUGUGAGUUUGCCUGUCUCCGUUAAGUGUCCUUAGGAUGCAGUGAUUAAGGAGUCAGGCUCUCCCUGCGGGAGGGGCCCUGCCUGCGCUGGUGAACUCGGUGCAGAGAAAAAGGACAGAAUGAUGCUUUCCGAGCAAGCCCAAAAGUGGUUUCCGACCCACGUGCAGGUCACAGUGCUCCAAGCCAAAGCUCUUAAGCCAAAAGGCAAAAGUGGCACCAAUGACACGUACACUAUAAUUCAGCUGGGCAAGGAGAAGUACUCCACCUCGGUAGCUGAGAAAACCCUUGAGCCAGUCUGGAAGGAAGAGGCCUCUUUUGAGCUGCCUGGUUUGCUAAUGCAGGGGAAUCCAGAGAAAUACAUCCUUUUCCUCGUAGUUAUGCACAGGUCCCUGGUGGGUCUGGAUAAGUUUUUAGGGCAGGUGGCCAUCAAUCUCAAUGACAUCUUUGAGGACAAACAAAGAAGGAAAACAGAGUGGUUUAGUUUAGAAUCCAGACAAGGAAAAAGAGCCAAAAACAGGGGUGAGAUAAAGGUCAAUAUUCAAUUUAUGAGGAACAAUAUGACAGCAAGUAUGUUUGACUUAUCAAUGAAGGACAAAACAAGAUCUCCUUUUGCAAAAUUAAAAGAUAAGAUGAAAGGUAGAAAAAAUGAUGGGACAUUUUCUGAUACAUCUUCUGCAAUCAUUCCAAGUUCUCACAUGCCUGAUGCCAAUACUGAAUUUUCAAGUAGUGAAAUACAGAUGAAAUCUAAACCAAAAAAGCCUUUCCUUUUGGGUCCUCAGCGACUCUCUUCAGCGCAUUCAAUGUCUGAUUUAACUGGGGCCCAUGUAUCCUCGGAGAAGCUGAAGUCUGGCACCAUUGCUCAAACGCAUCUUCUCGGACACCAGAUAGAUUCCUUUGGAGCAGUUCCGGAAAGUGGAAGUCUCAGAUCUCCACACAGAAGAACAUUAAGCUUUGAUACUUCUAAAAUGAACCAACCUGACAGCACUGUGGGUGAAGGUGAAUCGUCUUUCGGAAGACAAAAUGACCCAUUUACAAAUGUGACUGCUUCAUUACCCCAAAAAUUUGCAACACUGCCAAGGAAGAAAAAUCCAUUUGAAGAAAGCAGCGAAUCAUGGGACAGCAGCAUGAAUUUAUUUUCAAAAUCAACUGAAGUAAGAAAAGAAAAUAAAAGAGAAAAAAGGGAGAAAGUUAGCCUGUUUGAAAGAGUGACUGGAAAAAAAGACAGCAGAAGAUCUGAUAGACUUAACAAUGGGGGAUCUGAUAGCCCUUGUGACUUGAAAUCACCUAAUGCAUUUAGUGAAAAUCGUCAGGACUAUUUUGAUUAUGAGUCAACUAAUCCGUUUACAACAAAAUUCAGGGCUUCAAAUAUAAUGCCAUCUUCAAGUUUUCAUAUGAAUCCGACGAGUAAUGAAGACCUCAGGAAAAUCCCGGACAGCAACCCUUUUGAUGCCACUGCAGGCUAUCGUAGUCUGACCUACGAGGAGGUACUACAGGAGCUGGUAAAACACAAAGAGCUCCUUAGGAGGAAAGACUCCCACAUCCGGGAGCUGGAGGACUACAUCGACAACCUCCUUGUAAGGGUAAUGGAGGAAACGCCCAGUAUUCUCAGAGUGCCAUACGAACCAUCCAGGAAAGCUGGCAAAUUCUCCAAUAGUUAAUAAGCCAAUGGUACUGCAUUUAUAAUUGGGGAAAAAAGAAAGGAAGAAAGAGAGAAAAAAUAGAAGAAAAGCUUGUUACUGAGAGAGACCACACUAUCAGGUUUUGUUACAUACUCUCCUUCAUUGUGAAGAAUUGUUUCACCUGUAAAUAUUAUCAGGGACUAUCAAGAGUGACCUUUGAAGUGAGCUAAAUAAUUUAAACCUUUCAAGUGAAAAUGGGCCAGAUUCUCGUGAACAAGCAGUUCCUUAGGAUUCACUUAGGUGCUGGUGCCGGCCCACUAAUCUGCCAUAGGCCUAGAAGUAUCUUCAGAAGUACAUGACUUAUUCCUCAGGAACAGGUUUCUCAUCAAGCAGAACUGAUACUGUGGUUGGUUUCUCAGAAGUCAAUUUGUACAGAUUAAGCUGCAGGAAUACUGCUCAUUAUAAACACUACUAAAAAAAAAGUUCAUAUUUUAUAUACAUAUAUGUACAUGAAUAAUCUGUUCAUGUAUCUUUGUAUAUAAAAUACAUGCAUAUACCUCAUAUAUACAUGUGUUUUUAGAGAACUGGUUGCCUCUAAAAUUAGGAUACCAAUUAGGAUUUCUUAAUUUGAAAAUAUAUGUGUGCUCUAUCAAUGCAAAACAAAUCAUCAUUGCUACUAUGAUGGUUUGUUACACAGAAGCUGCUUCAAAUCACUCUUGACUAUGUGAACCUUGGUUUCAAAAUAAGCUGCUACUAUAUAUUAUUCCAGCAUCAAAUCUUUUCUCUUUUUCCAAAAGUAAUGAUCUAAAGCCCCUUUUUAAAGAACGAUGUAUUUUAGGAAACUUCAUUAACUUUGCAACAGCAUGAAUUUCUUGAAUUAAUUUUUUAUCUUAAUAUUUGAGUUUUGUUUGAGCUAUAAGCAGAAGAUAAGCAAACGUGAUUUGUUGAGAUUCUGAAUGUCUUUAAAAUAUUCAGUACUAGCAAAGAAAAUAUUAGGGAGUUAUAUCUGAAGAUAAUUUGGAGGGGGGCGGAAAGUAGGUGAUCAUUCUGAUGCCUGAUAAUCCAAAGCAAUGAACAAAUUCUAGGAAUGAAGAAUUAGGCUUGGUUUCAAGUUGCAUAAAUAAUGGAACAGAUGGUUGCAUUUGGUUUCUGAACCAAAAUAAGAGUUACUAAAGGAGGGGUGAGUUUUUAGAAUAGAUCUUUACUAGCACGACAUUUUACACUAUUCUACAGCCACCCUGGAAGAAUAAAUCAAUAUCACAAAAUUGUGUCAGCUUUGUUUUUAAGUCUGCUCCCCAAAAAUGUUGACUACUCUCAUGAAUUUUCUUUAUAUAUUUGUACAAAAUUAGUCUUUAAAGUGAAAAUGAUAUAAAAAUAUUACUAAUCAUCUGCUGAUUUUUUAACUUUAAAAGUCUGAAAUACAUACUAUGAAAUACUGAAUCUGUGUUUUCUAAAGGAAAUUUAAGAUGAAAAAUUCACCUGUAUAUGGAGACAUAUAUUCCCCAAUCUUUUACCAAAUGCAUUUCUGUCUAAUGUUUAUCUCUACUAAGACUUCAUUGAGAGUUAAAUACAAAGCACAUAUAAUAGUUUUGCUCAGUUUAAUAUUUUGAAUCAGAUAAUACUUGGCCAGGCUUAUAUUCACAAGCUAAAAUCCCGUAUUAUUUGUAUUUUUCUGAGUUUCUUCAGUUUUUCUAUGAGAGCAUAAAUUUUGAAAUUCUGAAAAUUCUUCUGAAAUACAAAAAAUUAAAUAAUUUUUAAUAGGAGACAAGGAAAAAUAGCUUUCACCAACUUUUUCCUCCACUUCUAAAUUUCUGUAAUAAACCUCACAAUCUGGUAUAGAAUUUUAUUUUCCCAUUUGAGGUCUUGGUAGUUCUUUUUAAUAUGGUGCCAUUUUUAGUUAACAUUUAUUAAAUGUUGCACAGUUCAUAGUAUUUGUUUUUUUCUGUUGUUAGUAUAACUGAGGCUCUUCUUAUACUUUUAAAAGUACUAAAGUCCAUGUGUUUGCAGUAUUAUGACAUUAUCUGCAGAUAUUUUAAUAUGCUUUGGCCAAAUUUACUCGUUAUAGAAUGAACCACGAUGCCAGUGUUGUACUGGGGAUAUGUUUUAUGUAAAUAGAGCUCAUGAAAAAGUAUGGUUAAGGGACUGCCGUUCUUUUUAUGAGGAAAUUCAUUUUUAAGGAGGAUUCUUUGCCUGUAUAAAAACUAUUAAGGAUUAGGCUUAUCCAUACGUUAAUGAUUUGGUUAUAACUGCAUCAGUAUUUUUAUCUUUAAUUCUGAGACAAGAAUUGUAUUGAAAACUGAAUCUGCAUUUAUCACUGCCCGAAAUGUUCUGUUCCGAUGUUUAUGAACUUUCUUUCACUCGUGACCUGGAAUCAAACUGACUAUAUAUAUAUUUUCAUAAUCAAUCGGUCAAUAUAAGGAACUAAAAACAAAAAGUAAAAAUGAGUUCCUAAGUAAACAUAACAGUGUUUCCUGUGUUUGUGGGCAGAAGUGCAAAUAGAGUAGUUUUAAUUUUUAGCGUUGUAGAAAAAAAGGCCAAAAGAUCACAUUAGUUUAUUUUUGCAAACUAGAACUUUUAAGUAUUCUAAUGGUAUAUUUCGUUAGUAACUUAGACAAGGAAAUAAAACAUAUGUACUCAUUAAAUAAAGUGCAGCACAAUAGACUUAUAGACAGAGUUUACUUUUGCUUUUACGCUUAAAAAAGGCAUGCUCAAAAAUAUUUCCACCAAUAAGAGGAUUUUUUUAAAUUGCAGAGUUUAUAAUAGUCUCAAACCUGUCUUAAGCUAACAUAC